CGCCAAUCAUCGACUCAUACCUCCCACGCACCAUCAAAUAAGCACACGCUGCUAUCAUACCUACCUGUCUGACUACCUACUCAUCACAUUUCAUCCUCACCCCGAAUCUACUUUUUAUUCAGAGGUUUUGGAAAUGGCGAAAGCCAAAGCUAUUGCGCGCAAGUCUACCGGCGGGAAAGCCCCACUAAAGAAGCCUACGAAGACUGUGAAGCGUCCCAGCGACCCAGUCCCUGCGAAGCCCACCACCGCCCGCCGCUGGAGGCCAGGAACUCGCGCUCUUCGUGAGAUCAGACAGUAUCAGAAGAGCACAGAUUUGCUGAUUAGAAAGCUGCCAUUCGCUCGCCUUGUCCGCGAGAUUGCAAUGGAUUACACCAACGCUGCUCACUUGAAUGGUCUGGGUGGCAGCGGAGUCGACGACCUCCGCUGGCAGUCCACGGCGAUACUGGCACUGCAGGAGGCCGCAGAGGCAUACCUUGUUCAUCUUUUUGAGGACAGCAAUCUUCUGGCUAUACACGCCAAACGAGUCACGAUUAUGCAGAAGGAUAUUCAACUCGCCAGGCGUAUCAGAGGCGCUUGGGGCGGGCUGGGUUAGGUUAGUUUAGAAAGUUGGCGCACGUGGUUAUUUUCGUCUCUGUUUUUUUUUUCUGUUUUUUUCUUCCCAUAUUUUGCAUACAUGCAUGGACCGUGGGUAUCACAAAGUUUAAGGGUGCAAACCUGAGGGGGAUUGUAUAAAAUUUUUUUUUCUCCCCCCCUCUUCCUUCUCCCCUCUUCUUUUUUGGCCUGUUUCAUUUCCCUCAGGACGGCGUGUGCAUGCGUGGCUCUUGUAUCUGCCUGUCUGCCUGUGGAUUGGUUAUUCCCUGGCUUACCGAAAUCGAAUCGGAUUGAAUAAAUGGAUGCUAUUGCUGGGUUGCACCUUGUUAUUUCGCUAUUUCUUGGUAUGGUAAUGGUUUACCUUUA